GGAAGUAUCUAGAGCCCUCCUUAUUGUAUGUUGUCAACCCGCUGAUCCUGCAAGCUAACUAGCUAGCACGCGAAGUAAAUCGCUGGGUGAACUAUAAUUCGACUGAGUUACAACGUUACUCGUUGGCUGAAGAACAUUUCAUUUUAAUCGCUGACAUUGGCUGUGGUUGUCCUGGAGUCGUCAAGAAAGGCGAGACAUUAACGCGUUAGCCUGUUUUCUACAAAGUUGCUAACCAGAUCCGUUGACAGCUAGCUAGCUACUGUAGCUUGGCAGCUAACUGUCUGUAUUGAGUUACCACAGCAAAGCUACGUAGUACGUGGUCUCAACCCUGCACUUCCGAGCCGUCGCCGUCCUAUCAAGCAAUUUUAAGAUUUUACUUGGUUAUUAAAGACCUCUCAUGUCAAUGACACUCUUCACAAAGUGGUCCCUAUUGCUAUGAGGAUCUGCAGAGCCCUGCUGUAAGCCUGAGCCAUGAACUCCGUGUCUCCCAGUGCAGUUCAGUAUGUGGGGGGAGUAGGAGUGGUGUGUCAGGAGGACACCCUCCAGAGAGAGGAGACCAAGAGGCCUCAGCAGCCACAGCUGGUGGACCCUGGUGGAGGAAGUGGCUUUGGGAAGCGGCAGGGUACUGAUGUCGGUGGGGGUGGAACCAGAGAUGCCACCACCGCUGGAGAGCCAGACGAGGUGGACAAACUCAAGACUAAGCUGAUGUCGGCGUGGAAUAAUGUCAAAUACGGCUGGUCAGUCAAGUUGAAGACCACAUUCAACAAGAGCUCUCCGGUGACUGUAAUGGGCCACUCCUAUCUGCUCAAUAGUGAAGACGAGGUGGAGCGGUUCAGGCGGGCGUUCGUGUCUCGGCUGUGGCUGACCUACCGUAGGGAGUUCCCCCAGCUGGAGGGCUCCACCUUGACUACAGACUGUGGCUGGGGCUGCAUGCUGCGGAGCGGACAGAUGCUGCUGGCCCAGGGCCUACUGCUACAUCUGCUGCCACGAGACUGGUCGUGGCCAGACGCCCAGCAGUUCGCUGAUGUAGACUUUGAGGCUCUGAGACCCCGCUCCCCGUCCCGUGCUGGUGGCGUACCCAUCCCCUCCUUCGGCUACUCCUCCUCCUCGCGGACCCCCACCACGCCCCAGAAGACCUCCAUGCCAGGGGGCACGGCUCUCAACCAUACCCAGAAGAAGAGGCCCGAGUCGGGCAGGGACAGGCAGGCUGAGCCCCUCCACCGGAGGGUUGUGGCCUGGUUUGGGGAUGAGCCCCCGGCCCCGUUUGGGGUGCACCAGCUGGUAGAAUUGGGGAAGAGCUCAGGGAAGAAGGCGGGGGACUGGUACGGCCCCUCAGUGGUGGCACACAUACUACGAAAAGCAGUUGCCAAGACUUCUGAGGUUCACAACCUGGCUGUAUAUGUAGCGCAGGACUGUACCGUGUACAAAAAGGACGUGGUGCAUCUGUGUGACCAGUCGUUGAACCAGAGUAUAUCAGAUCCUGAGCCCAGUGGUCCAGGCUGGAAGUCUGUCAUCAUACUGGUUCCAGUCCGACUAGGAGGAGACUCUCUCAACCCCUCCUACAUCAAGUGUGUCAGGAACAUUCUCAGGUUAGAAUGCUGUAUCGGGAUCAUCGGCGGCAAACCCAAGCAUUCGCUGUUCUUUAUCGGCUGCCAAGACGAGCAGCUGCUGUAUCUGGACCCUCACUACUGUCAGGCCGUGGUGGAUGUCACUCAAGACAACUUCCCACUGGAGUCGUUCCACUGUAGCUCGCCCAGGAAGAUGCCCUUUAGUCGCAUGGACCCCAGCUGUACUAUAGGCUUCUAUGCCAAGAACAAGAAGGACUUUGAGUCUCUGUGUUCUGCCGUCUGUGUGGCCCUAUCGUUGCCCGAAGAGAAGUACCCCAUCUUUACCUUCGUGGAGGGCCAGGCCCAGGACUAUGGACUGGUGGGCCACAGCUCCUCCUAUCCUCACUAUGACACCUCCCCCACCCCUGGCCCUGCCCACAUGCUGCCCCAAGGCAAGCUCAGCAGGAGCGACAACAUAGGCAGCUCUGACGACUUUGUCUUCUUGUGAGUACUGGUUUGUGUUCCUGAGGAAUGAAAUGUAAGCAAACGGGGAAAGACUGACUUAGAAUUUUGGGAUGGAUUCCAUUUCCCUGUUUUUAUAGAGCUCAAAGUGGAUAUAUGCUUUCUGCUAUAUCACAAACUCUGGCAUUUGUGUCCAUCCUAUUCGAGGCGUUGCUUCAACUGAAUCUCACUGUCGGCCUGUCUCUGUCUGGGCAGAAACAGGUCUUAGAAACUAACGCUAGGCAUUACUAAAUUGGAUUGUUGCCCCAUCCCAAAUGGACCCUAAGCCCUAUACACUUAUGGAGAUCUGAGAGGAUCUGACAGGUGUUAGUAAUAUGAACUAGGCUAGGUGUAAGCUUCACCAUAUUGCUUAUUUAUACCAAUCAAUUCCGCUCAGAUCUCCAAGGCCGUAGGGAUUUGGGAUGGGGCCUCUGACUUCAUUUUGGGAACAAUAACAACUGGAAACACGGAGCCUGUUUGACAUGCUACAUGACAGGGGUCACUAGUAGUGGAAGACAAGCUACUCAGCCCUCUUCUCUCUGACUUGUAUUAUAAUACUGCUGUACAAUUUUUACAUUAAUCUGUUUUGUAAGAUUUAUUAAGUGUGUGUGAAAUGAUUUGUGUGUGAACUGAAGCUGUUGGUGUGUUGAUUUGUUGUUAUGUUCACAUUCCUCUACUGUACUCUUAUAUUCCCUAUGCCGUCUUAAUUCAGUGUCAUGGCUAUAGUACUAUAUUCAUACUACAUGGCUAUAUGAAUUUCAUUGCAGCAUUCCAACCCUCUCUUUAGUUGUGCUGUCCUUUGACACACCAUUCAGGCAACAGUAAAUGACCUGGGCUGGGCUCCCUACCUAACCUCGCUCACUGUUUUCCAGACCUGGGUUCAAAUAGUAUUUGCUUUUUUUCCCUUCCAAAAGGCACUUACUUUUGGGACUAUUCUUUUUGCCCUAGCAAGCUCAGAAAACCAAUACUAAUUGAACCCCAGGUCUGCUACACUCUCACACUAUUUCAUCAGCUCUCUCUUGUCAAUUAGUCUACCAGUAUCAACUUGCAACACACUAACAGGAAUCCACUGUUACAACAAUUGCCCCUUUUGUGUAAUGUGUUACACUAGCUCCUAUCUGGAUGAUGGGAAAUGAUCCAUUUACUAAGAGGCUAUGUCCAAAAUGACACCCUAUUCCCUACAUCGUGCACUACAUAGAGAAUAUGAUGUCUUUUUGGAUGAGGACAGUUUUUGGUUGUCGUGAGACUUGUUGAAUGAAUGAUUCUGAACUCUAUUCCUUUUAGGGUCCUCAUAAUGUUUUUAACAAGGUGGUGCUGCUGAGUACUGGCAGGGGGGAUGCCUCACUUUGGACUCAGAUUUCUUUGCAUUUUUGAACAUGUGUAACUUCAAUUUAUUAUGGUAGAGUUAAAAGCCUUGAACUUUGGAGACCUGCAUAUUAAUAUCUAAGCCAGGGCUGUUCAAUUCUGGUCCUGGAGGGCCAAAACACUUCUGUUUUUUUGUUUCUACCUGGUAGUUAAUUGCACUCACCUGGUGUCUCAGCCAGGUCUCUCCUUAUUAGAAGGAGAGGAUGAAAACCAGGACCGACAUUGAACAGCCCUGAUCUAAGCAUUAAACCCCCCCAAGUUAGAUAUCAAAGUCACAAGCUCCCUCAACCCCAAAAUAAAAUGAAAUAGUCUGGGAAGUGGUUAAAACACUGUUGAUUGGAUGCUUGAUCUCACAUUUUAAUUAGGCUUCUGACCUGUGUGCAACAGGUAUCCUCUAAGGGGCAAAUCUUGACUUUCACUUAACCUGAAUGUUCACUGAUCAUUCAUUGAAGUUAAUGGGAGAAUAAGUAAGAAUGCGAGGUUAGCGAGUUAGGAUUCACCCCAGUAAUCUGUGUACUUCACUCUUGUCCAUGUGUAUAUUAUCUCAUAAAGGUGACAUUUAUUUUCUAAAUAAAGUGAAGAAUUGGCAUAUGUAGAAGUCUUAAAUGUGCUAAUGACCACCCUAAUAAGGGACUGCAUUCAUGUGGACAACAUGACUUUGUAAAACUGUUGUAUAGAAUGUUAUUAAAGGUAACUUUUUUGUAUUUAUUGUCUGAAUAUAAGAUGUGUAUGUUGUUUUUGUGCCAGCCAGGAUUCUGGCGAGUAACAACCUCCUUAUCCAACUAUCUAUUGUCCCACAUAGUCACAAUCUUUAUCCUGUAUAAAAACCACUAUCUCCUACAGUGCCUUGAGAAAGUAUUCACACCCCUUGACUUUUUCCAUAUUUUGUUGUUACAAAUUGGGAUUAAAAUUGACUUUUUGUGGAGGGAAAAAUUCUAACACUUAAAAAAAAUAUAUUAGUGGGGAGAACAAGUAUUUGAUACACUGCCGAUUUUGCAGGUUUUCCCACUUACAAAGCAUGUAGAGGUCUGUAAUUUUAUAUCAUAGGUACACUUCAACUGUGAGAGACAGAAUCUAAAACAAAAAUCCAGAAAAUCACAUUGUAUGAUUUAAAAAAAAAAAAGGAAUUAAUUAGCAUUUUAUUGCAUAACAAGUAUUUGAUCACCUACCAACCAGUAAGAAUUCCGGCUCUCACAGACCUGUUAGUUUUUCUUUAAGAAGCCCUCCUGUUCUCCACUCAUUACCUGUAUUAACUGCACCUGUUUGAACUUGUUACCUGUAUAAAAGACACCUGUCCACACACUCAAUCAAACAGACUCCAACCUCUCCACAAUGGCCAAGACCAGAGAGCUGUGUAAGGACAUCAGGGUUAAAAUUGUAGACCUGCACAAGGCUGGGAUGGGCUAGAGGACAAUAGGCAAGCAGCUUGGUGAGAAGGCAACAACUGUUGGUGCAAUUAUUAGAAAAUGGAAGAAGUUCAAGAUAUACGGUCAAUCACCCUCGGUCUGGGGCUCCAUGCAAGAUCUCACCUCGUGGGGCAUCAAUGAUCAUGAGGAAGGUGAGGGAUCAGCCCAGAACUACACGGCAGGACCUGGUCAAUGACCUGAAGAGAGCUGGGACCACAGUCUCAAAGAAAACCAUUAGUGUAACACUAUGCUGUCAUGGAUUAAAAUCCUGCAGCGCACGCAAGGUCCCCCUGCUCAAGCCAGCGUAUGUCCAGGCCUGCCUGAAGUUUGCCAAUGACCAUCUGGUUGAUUCAGAGGAGGAGUGGGAGAAGGUCAUGUGGUCUGAUGAGACAAAAAUAGAGCUUUUUGGUCUAAACUCCACUCGCUGUGUUUGGAGGAAGAAGAAGGAUGAGUACAACCCCAAGAACACCAUCCCAACCGUGAAGCAUGGAGGUGGAAACAAUUAUUUGGGGAUGCUUUUCUGCAAAGGGGACAGGACGACUGCACCGUAUUGAGGGCAGGAUGGAUGGGGCCAUGUAUUGCGAGAUCUUGGCCAACAACCUCCUUCCCUCAGUAAGAGCAUUGAAGAUGGGUCGUAGCUGGGUCUUCCAGCAUGACACCACCAUGGUGGAGUGCUGCAGAGAUGGUUGUCCUUCUGGAAGGUUCUCCCAUCUCCACAGGGGAACUCUGGAGCUCUGUCAGAGUGAUCCUCGGGUACUUGGUCACCACCUCAAUUUUGAGUCUCAUAGCAAAUGGUCUGAAUACUUAUGUAAAUAAGGUAUUUCUGUUUUUUUUUUUUUUAUACAUUUGCUAAAAAUUAUUUAAAUUGCUCUGUUUAUUAUGGGCUAUUGUGUGUAGAUUAAUGACGGGGAAAAUAUAUUUAAUCCAUUUUGGAAUUAUGCUGUAACAAAAUGGGGUCUGAAUACUUUCUGAUUGCACUAUAUAUAUAUAUAUAUAUAUAUAUAUAUCUACAGUGCCUUCGGUAAGUAUUCAGACCCCUUGACUUUUUCCACAUUUUGUUACUUUACAGCAUUAUUGUAAAAUUGAUUAAGCAAAAACAAUUCCUCAGCAAUCUACAAAAAAUACCCCUGUUUUUGCUUUGACAUUAUGAGGUAUGGUGUGUAGAUUGAUGAGGGGGGGGGGAAAUAUAUUUUAGAAUAAGGCUGUAGCGUAACCAUGUGGAAAAAGUCAAGGGGUCUGAAUACUUUCCGAAGGCACAAUAUAUCUCUUGUAUUCACCCCUGAGCCAAUACAUGUUAGAAUCACCUUUGGCAGCGAUUACAGCUUGAGUCUUUCUUGGUAAGUCUCUAAGAGCUUUACACACCUGGAUUGUACAAUAUUUGCACAUUUUAUUAUUUUUAAACUUCUUCAAGCUCUGUCAAGUUGGUUGUUGAUCAUUGCUAGACAGCCAUUUUCAAGUCUUGCCAUAGGCUUUCAAGCCUAUUUAAGUCAAAACUGGUAAUAAGCCACUCAGGAACAUUCAAUGUCUUCUUGAUAAGCAACUCCAGUGUAUAUUUGGCCUUGUGCUUUGGGUUAUUGUCCUGUUGAAAUGUGACUGUGUCCCAGUGUCUGUUGGAAAGCAGACUGAACCAGGUUUUCCUCUAGGAUUUGGACUGUGCUUAGCUCUAUUCUGUUUGUUUUUAUCCAAAAAGUUCCUCGUCCUGGCUGAUUAACAAGCAUACCCAUAACAUGAUGCAGCCACCACUAUGCUUGAAAUGAGUAAGUGGUUCUCAGUGAUGUGUUGUGUUGGAUUUGCCCCAAACAUAAUGUUUUGUAUUCGGGACAUAAAGUAAAUUUCUUUGCCACAUUUUUUGCCGUUUUACUUUAGUGCCUUAUUGCAAACAGGAUGCAUGUUUUAGACAAUGUUUUUAUUCUGUACAAGCUUCCUUCUUUCCACUCUGUCAUUGAGGUUACAUUUGUGGAGUAACUACAAUGUUGUUGAUCCAUCCUCAGUGUUCUCCUAUCGCAGCCAUUAAACUGUUUUAAAGUCA